GUGUUUCCGUGUAUAUAUGUGUGUGUGUGUGUGUGUGUGUGUGUGUGUGAUGUUAUCAGUAGAAGUUCAGAAGAACUUGAACAGGGUCUAGAAUAUCUUUUGGAGGUGAUGGCGACAACCAACACAAGAAGACCGCCCAAACAAAGUUCUUGAAUUUCUGGGGCGGGGAGAGUGUACGUGCGUGUGUAGUUUUGAGUGCAGUUAGGGUACUCGUUGUUGAAUUUCUCACCCGAAGAAUUCGACGCCAUUGUUUGAAGAAUUUGACGAAGAACAAGACACAGGAAAGGGACGCUGUAACUGGUGGGAGCUGAUGAAGAACGUGGUCACAAAGCACCUCACAAGUUGGGCCAACAUUUGCAGAACACUGUUUCUUUGCCCCCCUCCAAAAAUCUUCAAAGCAUAUUCUGGGAAGCUCCAACAGCUUUCCCUGAAUCAAACGUAUGACGUCUGAUGAAAAAAAGGGCCGGGAAGACACACCUCCAAGGACUAGUAACUGCGUCAUGUGUCGCUGUGUCGUAUUGAUUGCCAUCGAACGCGUUUGCACAAACUUUAGCCAGCCUAGACGAGCGAAGAUGUUCAGUGCCUCCCUCUCCAGACAUUAGGACGGAAUCCGCCGGAGCGUCUGCCUAAAUCUGCGGGAUACUAACUUGUCUCUUUUCUCUUUUUGAUUCUACAUCUUCGCUCCCCCCCCCUCCCCCUCCAAAAAUACACUCAGAUCCUCGACUCAUCGAUCAAUUAAGAAUCAAUCAUCGUGAUUAACCGAUACGCAGUGCGAGUGAAGAGACGCCAUAGUGACAGCACAGCAGGCCCACCCAGUGUGCGGUCCAGUACAGUACAGGUUCCUUUGAAAGACGCGCGGCACCAUCUUUGACCAAGCGCUGCCAGCAUGGAUUCGUUCUUCCGGCUGCGUCGGUCGUCCCACACGCCCGCGUACAGCCAGGGCGGCCAGGAGCCGCUGAUCGUGGUGGAGGAGUCGGAAAACAAUGAGAAGGAGGAGGAGGCAAGCAAUCAGUCGUCCCAGCGCCAAAGCCUGGACAUCGAGUCGCCGGAGAAUCCGUACUUGCUGUCGCCCUGGCGCGAAACGCGCAAACACUCGCUGCCGACACCGCCCUGCACCAGCGGCAUCACCGCCAGCCAGGUGCGCCGCCUGUCCGAGCGGGGCGGCGAAGGGUCGGGCCCGUCGCCCCGCGAGCAAGCCUUCCUGGCGACGCUCUACAGCACGCCGGCCCCGCAGCCGGGCGGCCGGCGCCACUCGGUCGUGACGAUCAGCCGCGUGCCGCCCACCAUGUUUGGCCGGAACCGCCGGGAGUCGAUUGCAGCGCUACCGGCUGGCCAGCGCUCGAACGCAAGCUCCCGACGCGAAAGCAAUAUCGGACCGCCGCCAUCGACGGACCACCGAGGUAGUAUACACAAUUUACAGUUAGAUAUAAUGGAUGAUAUAGUACAGGCUAGAAAAGCGCGCAUGAAGCUGUGGAACACGAGCAACGAGCGUGUGUGCGAGGUGCAGACGCUGGACGAGGCCGGCACCGGUUCCAGCUCGCCGAUGCGCUACACCAACCGGCGCUACUCGGACUUUGUCGGUACAGCCCUGCCCCCGAUACAGUCGUUCCGGCGCGCCUCCGAGAUGCCGAUAUCGCCCUGUGGCGCCCCACUCGUGCCGGGCAGCUCGUUCAACGCGUCGGCCGCCACCGGUGCCACAGCCGCAGCCGCCGCCGCCGCCGCCGCAGCCGCCUCCCCGGGCACCGACGCCGCGUCCCCGAAGCCGAAAACGAAGAUGGGUAUCGUGUGCACCAACACUGAUCUGAUAUCUCUCUUAUCGUCUCUAGCCUCGUCUGCGACAGAGAUUAAUCGAUGUGGCGAGAAAGAGCACCCUAGCCCCCUAGCCUCCCACGCGUUUCCGCUCCGGUCGGCGGCCAGGAGCCCGACGGCGGGCCCGUCCGGUGCAGCCGGCGGCGCCGCCGCCGCCGCCGCCGACCCGCCCAAGAGCAAUCUGCAGAAGAAUCGCUCCAACAGUUUUGACAUUUCGCUCUACCAGAAUAUCAAGCAGCUGGCGACCGGGGGCGGCAGCGGUGGUGGUGGGUCGGCCGGUCCGCCCGACGGGCUCGUCGAGUCGGGCUGGUUCGUCAAGCGCCACCAGCCGAUGGCGCGCCGCAAGUCCGCGUCCCGGUCGCCGAGCGCGACCGUCACGUUCGCGCGCGAAACGUUCGACAAGCUGCGGGAGGCCGGCGCCGGGCCCGCCCACAAGGAGGAACCGAAGCCGAAGCCGAAGGAGUCCCGCUCGCCGCUGAACAAGCUCAAGUGGGACGGCCGGAGCGCGAUCGUGGACGCGCGCAUGAUCGGGCACGCGAUCGAGAACUUCAUCACCGGCUCGUCCUCGUCGUCCGCGUCGUCGUCGUCCGGUGGCAAGAAGUCGUCCGCCGGCGGGAAGGAGGGCGGGACCGGCCGGUCCACCGCCGGUGCGAAGAAGUCGGUCACCUCCAGCUGGUUCGGCAAGGCGGACGAGGACGAGGACUCGAACGACGCGUGCGACUCGUCGCUCUGCUCCACGCUGAAGGAUCUGUUCGUGAAGUAAGGUGGGGCGUGCGGCACCGCACCCACUACCCCGAUACACCGAUACCCCGCAUGCCGGACGCCCGCGAACGGAUGAGGCAGCCGUCACACCGGCGCGUUGACCCGGCUGGACCCGCAACAGGGUCGCCAAGGGCCGCUCGCAUACGUUCGGGGCACGUUCCGGCACAGAUGCCCACCGAUUACACGCAAGCUAGCAGUGAGCAGGAGAUAUAGGUGUGAGUGUGUGUGAAUGCGAGUAUGUAUGAAUGAUUGUAUGUGUGCGUGUGUGUGUGUGAAGAGGACGACAGCAGCGAUCGACAGGAGGACGUGGACGGCGCACACAAUUAACAUUAACCAAUCCCACCAAUGUUAGCAUAGCCUUUUUGGACAUCUACCGAUAUCGUGAACAAGUUUUACUAGGCUAACGGAUCUACUUAAGCAUGUUCGUACGUUGUGCAUUCUCUUAGAGUACUUGUUGUAUUUUGUUGUUGUUGUUGUGUCGGUUCACAUACAAUUUUUCUACGCAAACUCAACACGACUCGCUCAUAGCAAUACUGUUACCACCGUAGCGCGGUGCACGCGAAAAAAUGGGAAGUUGGUACGUUGCCAAAUGCAAAUUCCUAGCAAGGAUCGUACGAUUGGUGGCAAGUUUUGUUAGUAAGCUCUAGCACUGUUCCGUUCCGAUCUGCUCCAUUUCCCAUUUAUUUAUCCUUGCAAAAAAGAGUUCCCUGCAGUAAUCCCCAGUUGUUUCUGUCCAAUCCCAAAGCAUCUCUCGCAAUGUCCGUUAAGCCCAAAUAAAGUCCUCUCCAAAUUCCUUUGCUGGGGAAUAUUGCCAACAAUCACCUACAGAUCUUACGAUGCUGUGAAAUCCCUCCAUACCUUAAGGUCUCGCGAAUAUGCCACGAAUUCCCAGAUACAGGGAUCACGAAUGUCUUCAAUAAAACAUGAAAAUGUUAGAAACGUGCUGGGAAUAUCGCAGCAAAAUCUAUUUGUUGAAGGUACAACUCUACUUCUCCAAUGUCCAAAUGUGUGUCGGAACUAUGUCUGAAGCAUAGUGCAGCAAUGUCCGCGAUCCGCUAAUGACUUUUGAAGUCAUCGUGCCCGCUCUGGUUUACUUUCAAAAAGGAAUGUUCCACAAAUGACUUCAGAGUGCACGAAGAUGUUAGGGACGGCUAUUUGUUAAGGGUACAACUCUAUUUCUCCAAUGUCCAAAUGUAUCUCGGAACUAUGUCUGAAGAACACUUCAGCUAUUUCCGCAAUGCGCUACAGGACAUCGUGCCCGCUCUGGUUUACUUCCAGAAACUCCACAGGAAUGUUCCACAAAUGACUUCAGAGUACACGAAAAUGUUAGGAAUGUCUAGUUGUUCAGGUACAUCUCUAUUUCUCCAAUGUCCAAAUGUAUGUCGGAACUAUGUCUGAAGAACAGUUCAGCAAUGUUCACGAUCCGCUUCUCGCCUUUUGAAGUUAUCGUGCCCACCAAUAUCCCAAUGUUUUAUAAUAACUAUCAGUACCAGAAAAAUCCCGAUGUUUCGAUGCACUCGCUUCCAAACUAUCCAUCGCUUCCAAGUUGGAAAGAUCGAAUGUCCACACUAUCCGGACCAUUACUUUUCUGCCAUGUCUUCAAGUUCCAGUGUAUCUAAAUAAUGGUUCAUUAGUCUCUUAGCAGUAUCUCACUCAUAUUCCAAGAAUGUCCGGAGAAUGUUUAGUUGUUUCUUUGAGCCUCCCUUAUUAAAAACGCCCCAAGAAUAUUUGAAGAAUGUCCUCUGGAAUGUCUCAAUAAUGCCUAUAUAGUAUCUUAGCAAUAUUAUAAGAAUGUACCGAGAAUAUUUCGUCUUUUUAGUGAGCUCCCUUACUAUCUAACUCCAACACUCCCAAGAAUAUCUCAAGGAUAUAUCCUAAGAAUAUCUCAACGGUAACCAACUCUCAUUCACAUCUAGUGGAUAUCCCCUAGCAUACCCCAACAAUAUCCUAACACUAACCCAACCAUGUCCAAUCGUUGCAGUCCAAUUCUGGUGCACCUUAAACCACCGGAUGCGAUUAAAAGCACGAUCCCAGCGCCAGAUCUUCCUCUUCCUCCAUUCCCUCCAUCUACCCCCAUUCUCCGCCCCAUUCCAUACCAUACUUCCCCGUGCCCAGCUUAGGUUUGGUUUUUGGCCUGUUUUUCCUCGACCGUAAGAGGUACAUUCGCAAACAAACGGGUUACGUGAGACUAAAGCAACAGAUACUGCGAUACUGUAAAACGUUUCGAGAAUCCACCACCACCGUACAAACAAAAGUGAGGGAAGAGGGAGGUGGAGCGAGUGAGGGGAGUUGGAGGUACGCCAAUGUUUUUGUUUCCCCUCCACCCCCCCCCCCCACCUCCGAGAGCAAUUUUGCCCCACCUCACCCAAUCCGAUCAGACGGUGCAGCUAAGAGACGGGAAGGGUGGGGAGGGGGGAGCGUUCACUGUACAAGGAUGUUUACAUCUGGUUUUUUGCAAAAGCGUCCUCACAACACUCCUAGAGACUGUAGAAGUACUUUGUAAGUGUCUAAAAUGGAAAGCAAAACAUUAAAGCCAGAACAGCCCGGAAGACAUUGAAAUGGCCUCAAGAUGGCGCCAGAGGUUCCAGGGGGAGGGGAGGAGUGAUUAUGCGAGAUAAUAUACACACGGGGCAUUACCUGUCACUACCAUCUUCUGCAGUCCGUUCCACGCAGGUGUGCUACCUUAGACGUUGCGUCAACCGUUGCGUUGCGCUUCACCUGCGCGACACCUGCGCGACACCGAACACCGACGAAAAUGGUAGCGAUUGGUGACGCUUUACCGCGAGGGUUAGAGCCACCGCAAAACGGUUAGAGCCACGUAUUGAUGCCUCCUAUGUGCGUAUGCAAAUCUGUUGUGACCAAAUCGGUCUCAAUCCUUUUCCUUAAAAAAAAGCAUCACCAGAACGGAAGCAGUUAAAAAAGCGCAAUUUCGCACUGUGAGCGUAAACAGAGCAAACUAAAAUACAAACAAACAAACAAAAAAAGCAACAAAAAAAAACAACUCCCCCGGGAAAAGGUCGUAGCGCGUUCUGACACUUACUAACUAAACAAAUAUACGAGUUUUACCUUCUUUCUUGGGUGUGAUUAAACGUAAGAAACUGCAUCUCUUAAUCCGACAAUCGUGACAUAGUUAGCAGAGAGAAAGGUCCCUCGAUGUAAAACAAAACCCAGAACAAAACAAAACAAAACAAAAAAAACACACCCACCGGGUGGCAAAUUGUGGUUGUUAUAUAAUACUGUAAACAGAAAGAUUUGAUAUUGCUAUUUGUAUACACGCGUGGCAGUAUGAUCAUGGAUCACGCGCACCGUGCCCACCGUGUCUGUCUGUAUGUAAGUGUGUGUGUGUGUGUGUAUUUAAGAUGUUUAAGGGAAAAAGGGGGAGGAAGGAGAGGAGGGGAAGAAUGGGAGGGUGGGGAAGAGGGGGCGAAGAGCAGGAAGUGGUAGUGCACAAGCGUUCCGAACAGAGGUUUAACAUUAGCAAUGCGUGUGUCAAUAGACGUUUUUGGAACUACUUUGUUCGUUACAACUUUCUACUACAUAUCCGGAACCGGUUCCGUGACAUAUCCAGCAACAUAUAAAAAGGCAGACAAGAGGAAGAGGAAGAAUAAGAAAAUGCCCACGUUCCUUUUAGCACAGCAUUGAUUCCAGUAACCCUGUAAGCGUAACUCGUAGGAACGGACAAAAAAAAAAAACACAUAUAAACAAUUACGACACUUCCUAUUGAUGUGCGUUGCCGCGUAAAACUAAUUCGCCGACCGCGACCCCACUCUUAACAAAAGUGUGUGUGUGUGUGUUUUUUGGUCCCCUCCCUCUCCCACUGCCCCUUUUCGCCAACCACUGAAGAAGCGUGAAGCACGUCGCUGCCGUCGCGCGACAAACGACAAAAACCACCGAAAAAGGCCCCUAAGGCGCUACCACCAUUGUGCUGUGAGCGGGCGGGCUAGAUAGAUAGCGGUUUAGUUUUUGGCUUGCGCAAGAAAAACCCAUUGUGCAGCCCCGAGCCCCGAACCGCCUGUAUAAAUCCGCUCUAACAAAACCAAAAAAAAAAAAAAUAACGCCCCCCAAAAACGAGAAACAA